GGCACAUGAGUCUGGAGUUCAUUUGCAGUGGCUGGAGACCCUGGUGCAGCCAUUCUGUCCAUCCUGCCUCCCCACCCCAACCACCAAAUAAACUAAGAAAAAACAAGGAUGGGAGGGAAAGACUCCUGGCACAGUGCUCUGACCCUCACCAUGACCACAGCCUUGACCUCCCUUGUCAGUUCUGCACACUAUGUUCCUGUCAAGGCCCCUAGGAACUAUAAGGAUGCUCCUCUGGCCAGCUGGGACCACCCACUGGCCACCAUGCACCCACGUCUCCCCGCCUGGGCGCUGGUUCUGCUCGUCCCAGUUUUAGGGGCUGCAUUGAGCUUCCCAGAGGCCCGUGACAAGCUGUGCGGCCACCACUUCGUGCGCACGUUGGUGCGGGUGUGUGGGGGUCCACGCUGGUCCCCCCAGGCUGGGCAGCCCUUCCUGGCUGGCGACCAGGAGCUUCUGCAGUGGCUGGAGGGACGACAUCUCCUCCAUGGGAUGGUAGCCGAUGGGGACCCCGUGAUGGAGCCUGGCCUGCAGUCUCUCCCCUAUGCUUCUGUCCACAACCGGCGCCAUCGACGCACGGUGACCACUAACCCCGCACACCGCUGCUGUAUCACUGGCUGCACCCAGCAGGACCUGCUGCGUCUCUGUCCUCAUUGAGCC